CAUCUUCUAGGGUUAGGGUUUGCCAAAGUACAGGAAUUCUAUUAUAAAUAGCUAGAUAUAUAAACGCAAGAUUUAGCUUCUCCACAUCCCCCAAAAAUAUCUUCUACUCAUAUUCCAUCAGUCCUCUAUUUUUUAUAUAUCUCUAAAAAUUAUCUAUUCAAAAAAAAAUUAAGUAUGAGAAAAAUUGAACUGGUUGAGAAGGAAGACGACGACUCAACCUCAUCAGAAAGCUCUACGAAUUCAGCCUUUACAAUAAGGAGAGUGAGAUAUAAAGAGUGCCAGAAGAAUCACGCGGCGAGUGUUGGAGGAUAUGCAGUUGAUGGGUGCCGUGAGUUCAUGCCAAGUGGUGAAGAAGGAACAAGCAGCGCAUUUAUUUGUGCUGCUUGUGGUUGUCACCGCAAUUUCCACCGAAGAGAAGUGGAAACUGAAGUUGCCUCUGAUUCUCCUUCUUCUUCUUCCUCGCCUUCUUGUGAGCUUUUCUAGUACUAUAGUUUGGGAUCAAUAAUCAAUUAAUUUUUAUACGUACCUAUUGGUGUAUUUUUGCGAAGUAUAGCAAGUAACUAAUUUUUUUUUAUUUUGAACGAUUAGUUAAUUGUAGUUAUCACUUAGGUAACCUGACUAUCAACUAAACUCAUUUGGGGUUGAGUUUAAUUUGAUUAUACUUUUUUGUGUUUGAGCGUGAGUGGAUGUUGUAGA